AUGCCUGCGGAGAUCAUCGGCCCAAUUGCUGAAGAUUUGCUCAGAGACGACGGUUUUCACCAUGAUGCCGCCGUCUAUGUCGCCACUGUCGUCGGCGCUGGACUCAACUUGAAUCUCCUGGAGGGCACCAGACAGUCCAGAUACGGCACGGCGAGAUUCACACCUGGUUCAAUUUUGACGGCGAGAACCGUGCGGGUGCAGUAUAACUUCCAUUUGGAGCUGGACAGAAAGACUGCCUUUUUGGAGGUGUCAAGUUGCCCAGCCGGUGGCAAUAUGUGGUAUCCCGAUAUUAUCGAGGUACGGAAUAAUAAACGGUUGAGACAAGAAGACAGAUCUGACGCUCGCCAAGGGAUGCGAAGAACAGUGCGCAUCUUGCACAUCACACUGUGGACGGACGGCCUGGGGAAGGUGGCGAACUCCGGCUCCACGGUCUCAACCACCGAACUUGCACAUCUCGAUCUAACCGUUCCCUGGAUUCUGGCCGUUCUGAUUAGGAAUCUACUGAAUAUAGCGCAGAGGGACGCUGUCCACCACAAUCCUUUACAUCGGAGCCUGCCGACACCCACGCUUAAUCAGCUCGCGAGCUUCGCCAACGUUGGCCUACCUCGUACAAAUUGUUACAAUGAAGCUGUUGACAGGCUACGAGAGGCCCAAUUUCCGAUGCUCAAGGGAACAACUUUGCCAUCGAAAGCGCUACUGGAUGAGUUUGCAGCAGAGUUGACAUCAGUGCUGUACGGGAACCCGCAUUCCGGCUCGCUUCCGUCCCAGCUCUCCACAGACAAGGUUGACGAUGUAAGGCUCCGCCUGUUGGAAUUCUUCAAUGCGGACCCGGAUGACUACGACCUUGUCUUUGUUGCAAAUGCUACCGCCGGAAUCAAAUUGGUACUGGAUGGUUUGCGAAAUGCACCAGAUGGUUUCAAUUAUGUCUAUCACCAAGCAUGCCACACGAGUCUCGUCGGCAUGCGUGAAGAGGCAAAGCACAGCCUAUGCGUCACGGAUGAGCAAGUUGACCGCUGGAUUCAUGGAGACAUGCCGAUCAAAGAUGAAAGGUCAACUACUACGCUCUUUUCCUACACGGCGCAAUCUCACAUGAAUGGUCGGCGCUACCCCACCUCAUGGGCCCGAGACAUCAAGGCCGCGCAUCCGAUUUACACCCUCCUAGAUGCUGCGUCUUUUGGAGCGACAUCUCAGCUUAACCUGUCAGAUCCGAAUUUUCUUGCCGACUUCGUGGUACUGAGUUUAUACAAAAUUUUCGGGUUUCCGGAUCUCGGUAUUUUGCUUGUCCGCAAGUCAGCUGAGCGAGUAUUUGACCAACGACAAUACUUUGGAGGUGGCACCGUCGACAUGGUUGUUGUUGGAAGAGAGCAAUGGCACGCGCGAAAGACUAGCUCUUUACACGAGCGUCUAGAGGAUGGCACGCUGCCAUUUCACAACAUCAUCGCCGCCGGGAUAGCGCUGAAAACCCACAUGUCGUUAUUCGGAUCGAUGGACCAAGUCUCAAGACAUACGGCAUAUUUGACGCAUCUCUUAUAUACGGGGCUCGAAAAGCUGCGGCAUGGGAAUGGUCAUGCGGUCUGCACCUUGUAUACACCAAAUCCCGCGUCAGAAUCCACAGGGUCGGUGGUGGCUUUCAAUAUGAAAAACAGCCUAUGUGCUUGGAUUACGCUGGGCGAGUUUGAGAAACUUGCCAUCAUCAACAAAGUCCAUGUCCGAACAGGAGGGCUCUGCAGCCCCGGCGACAUCGCAGCGACCCUUGAUCUACAGCCCUGGGAGAUGAGGAAGAAUUUCUCCGCAGGAUUUCGCUGCGGAUUGGACAAUGAUGUCAUGAACGGCAAACCCGUAGGAGUUAUUCGGGCCAGCUUUGGAGCCAUGAGCGUCAAGGCUGAUGUGGAUGGUUUCUUGGCCUUCAUACGGGAGUUCUUUGUUGAAGUCAACCCACCUCAGCUCCCAGAAGAGCUACCAAUACCCGCCAAUCUGACCGGAAAGCCCUCACUUCGUGUCAGGGCUAUUACAGUCUAUCCGAUAAAAAGCUGUGGAGGGUUAACUGUCCCGGCAGGGAUGGACUGGCCUAUAAGAUCCGAAGGACUGGCGUGGGAUAGAGAGUGGUGUCUAUUGCACAAGGGUUCCGGGCUGGCACUCAGUCAAAAGAGAUACCCGCGAAUGGUUCUCCUUAGACCAACUCUGGAUUUUGAGAAUGGAGUCUUGCGCAUACACUCUCAAGGAGGCCUAAAGUCGAUUUCUAUACCGUUGUCAGCAGAUCCGUCGUACCUCGAUAUCAGUGUUCGGCAAACCAAGUCGAGAGUCUGUGGCGAAGAAAUUACGGCGCAAAUGUACAAGUCCGAGGAGCUUAAUGAUUUCUUUUCACAAGCCCUCGGAGUGCCUUGUGUCCUAGCGAGAUUCCCUCCUGGUGGGAGAGGGCUUGCGAGCCGUCUGAAUAAGGCAAAGAUGCAAAAACACCAACAAGCGGACAAAGCUCAACGUUUGUUGCCCGGGUCGUUUCCGGCCGAUGUGCCAUCGCCCCCCGAUUCCGACUCUGAGCUGACAAAAGCGCCGGCAAAAAUUCUGUUGUCCAAUGAAAGUCCGAUCCUCAUGAUUCACUCAGCCAGCCUCGAUGCGUUAAACGAGGCCAUUGCACAGCACGGCGGCCCGCCCGCUACUGAGGCUGCAUUUAGGGCCAACAUUAUAUUGGAAGGCCCACGAGACACCGAGGGCUGGGACGAACGACCGGCAUAUUCCGAAGACACUUGGCGCAGGCUACGCAUUGGUACCCAAUCCUUUUCACUAUUGGGUGCAUGCAGGCGCUGCCAGAUGGUCUGUGUCGACCAGGAGACUGGAGCGCGAAAACAAGAGCCGCUGGCUACGUUGUCCAAGACGAGACGAUUUGACGGAAAAAUCUACUUUGGAGCACAUAUGAAGCACGACGAGGUAGACAGUUCAUCGCAAGCGAACCAGCACCCGACCAUCCGCGUUGGAGAGCCUGUAGUGGUGGAUGGAUAG